GCACAUUUGAUUUGUUUUUGUUGUUAUUUAACUACUCUAUACUCUCUCUUAUUCUCAACUCUCUCCAGAUUUUAACCACUGGAACAUUUAUACCUUUAACCAUGCCUACAUGGAAUCAGAUACAGUCGCAAUUAAGACAUCCAAACAACCCGGUUGUAUUCUUUGAUAUAACAGUCGGCACAACGGAGAUUGGGCGUAUGGUGUUUGAACUUUUUGCCGAUGUUGUGCCUAAAACGAGUGAAAACUUCAGAGAAUUCUGCACUGGCGAAUACAGGAGAGACGGCGUACCGCUCGGUUACAAAGGAGCAACGUUUCAUAGAGUUAUCAAGGAUUUCAUGAUUCAAGGAGGUGAUUUUGUAAAUGGUGAUGGCACUGGUGUGAUGAGCAUAUACGGUGGAAGCACCUUUGCAGAUGAAAACUUUGGACUCAAACAUGACUCACCGGGCCUGCUGUCUAUGGCCAACAGCGGCAAAGACACUAAUGGCUGCCAGUUCUUCAUUACAUGUGCAAAGUGCAACUUCUUAGACAAUAAGCAUGUGGUGUUUGGUCGAGUGAUUGAUGGUUUACUAGUUAUGAGGAAAAUAGAAAAUGUACCAACAGGACCGAAUAAUAAGCCCAAAAUACCUGUAACUAUAUCUCAGUGUGGACAAAUGUAAUGUAAAUAAAAACCAAUAAACUUAAAUUUUGCCUAUA